CUCGUCUCCCCUAUCUGCAACCCAGGCAUUAUGGACAGAAAACCUCAAUCUCUCAAUCCGGCCGUUCUUUUGCCCAUCCUCUGGCCAUAUGUCUCUUACAACCCCAUGUCCGACGUGCUUAUUAGCCAGAAGUCGGAUCCAGUCGUCUACAAACCAAAACUUCCUCAAUGCGGACUCGCUUCAGAGUCCCUUCCGGACGAACCACUUGAGUGGAUCCGUGGGUGUUUGAAACAUGAUAAAGCAUGCCAUGUAGCUUGCCAUAGUCGAGGAACCUCAAAAUUUCUUCCCUCAAGGCUGAUUGAUAUCUCUCUCGACGAUCUUCCCCCACGGGCACGCCUUAUUGAUACUAAUAUAUGUACAGUGGAAGACCCGAGAUACGUCGCCCUAAGUCACAGGUGGAUUGAUAAGGAGAUUUUCCAAAGCCUGGAGCUGACAACAACAGAAAACACGCUGUCAACACGAAUGAACGGUAUCGAUGUGAAUAAGUUGUCAAAGACCUUUCGGUUUGCCAUCGAUGUCUGCCGCUGGCUUGGCGUACGUUAUCUUUGGAUCGACUCUUUCUGUAUUAUACAGGAUUCCCAGAGUGACUGGAAGACCGAGUCAUCUAACAUGGCCCAAGUCUAUCGAUGCUCGUACUGCACCAUUGCGAUCAACAUACCUGAGAAGAAAAAUGAGCCAUUGUGGAGUCAUUGCGGCUACGUUAGUGAAACUUUAGCCUCUGGAUGGGUUGUGGACUACGUCAAUGCUGGUAGUUGGAAAUCCACAUCUAGUACUCUUUGGACGAACCUGCUCAGAGGCGGCUUGCUUGGCUCUCGUGGGUGGUGCCUCCAGGAGCGGCAGCUCUCACCACGGAUGUUCCACUUUCUAGAACCGGGAAUGAUUAUGUGGGAGUGUUGCCACUUCAUCGCUGCCUUAGGGGGCCCAAUCUUGUUCGGUCCCAAUGGCACCCAUUCAAAGGAAACUAAGCCUGACAAUGAGAAACGAAUCAUCGACAUUGAAGGAGAAGCCGAUCUUGAGCUAUUCACAGCUACCAUGUGGCCAGGCAGUGAGGAGGCUGCUCUAGAAGCCUCUUAUCGGUCAAGCUAUCGUGGAAAAGAACGGGAGGUCAUGGAUGCUUGGUACAACUUGCUGACGAACUAUACCUCGCGUUCACUGACCUUUGAAUCGGACCGACCGAUUGCUAUUGUCGGCCUCGUCAAUCAGGUGAAAGCAAUGACAGGCUUCACAUAUUUCCACGGGCUAUGGAGCGAAGAUCCUGUCCGUGGACUGCUUUGGGAGAGACAAAACUCAACCGGGCACAACUGGACCCGCAUACCGAUAAAUGGAAGGCCAGAACCUCCAACGUGGUCGUGGUUAUCCAUCUCCGGUGCUGUGAAUGAAGUGGCUGGAAACGACGAGGACACAAACCCACCGCUAUUUGAGGACACGCGUGAGUGUCGUCCUAUUUUCGAUCAUACCUAUGAACUUGUGGUGAAAUCUAUCGUUUUCUCAGAGAAAAGUUCCUAUGUGGCUAUCUCUGCCCCAGUCAUGUCAGCACAAUUGAAGUAUAGUGUCCCAACGGCCGAAGUGGGGACCCAAGGAAGGACUGUAGCUGUUACUCACAACGCGGAGAGAUUUCUAGGACAAACAGUUGCUUGGGCAUGUUUGGAUAUUCCCACAGAAAACUACAAUGGAGCUGUCACAAUUGCUAUCCUUACGAGUUCGUACGGGCUCCUCCUAGAAAGAACAGGGAACCUGAACCGAUAUCGUAGGCUUGGGGUGGUCAGAAACCUGCCGGACGUAAAUGAAUAUUGGUGGGACCUCAGCAAUAGUGAGCCCCAGGACAUUGUCGUUGUGUAACUGGACCAAGGGUAUGAUGGUUUCCAGGCGCUUGUAUGUACGAAGACAUCGAGCUAAUGAACAUGUUACGCAAGACUUAUAUAGUACAAAUCGGUCGUCUGGUGGAUUGCUCUCGUCUAGAGCUACUUUCUUCUUUGGCUUAACAAAUUUGCCGAGCCUUCUGGC